AUGGAACAAUAUGGUCUGCUGGAAAAGUUGAAAGACGUGGGGGCAAUUGUCAUGCAAAAUCACACUUUGAGGCGAUACUCGACCGGUGAGGUGAUUGUCAAUAAGCCACUGGGGGCACGAGCGAAGCAAAUUUACGGGGCAGAAUGGAUGGUGAUACACAGGGCCGACUAUCAGAAACUGCUCCUACAACAAGCUCAAGAACUAGGUGCAGAGAUACAAACCGGCGCUGAAGUUGUUGGUGUGAGCUCAGGGUACGAGGGGGAAGAAGAAAAAAGAAACAAGGAAAAAACAUGCCUGAUCUUGAAAGACGGACAACGAGUAUACGGUGACGCAAUCAUUGGAGCAGACGGGCUUUGGUCUGUUAUGCGAGAACACGUCCUCGGUCGUCCCUCACCACCUGUCGAAACGGGAGAUCUAGCAUAUCGGGGAACAUUUACUCGCAGUCAGCUAAGGCAGUUAAACGACGAAAAAGUAAAUGAACUACUCGAUGCUUCCAACCUUCAAGUUUGGCUUGGACCAGAAAAACAUGUUGUUUUUUACCCGGUUCGACACGGAACCGAGUUUAACCUCGUCUUGAUCCGGCCGGAUAACCUGCCCCGCAAUGUACGCACCUUUCAUGGCAACUUAGAUGAAAUGAGAGACGAUUUUGAAGGAUGGGACCCAACCUUGCGAACCCUUAUUUCAUGCUUAAGCAGCGCUCUGAAGUGGAAGCUAUGCCAUCAUAGCGAACUUGAAACCUGGGUGAAGGAUUCGGUUGCCCUGUUGGGAGAUGCAUCACAUCCUACCCUGCCGUAUCAAGCACAGGGCGCAGCAAUGGCCGUUGAGGACGGCGCAGUGAUUGGUUUUCUUCUUGGCCGGCUCCAAAGCAACCCUGCGCUUUGGUCUGAGGAAAGCGGUAAAGAUGCCAUCACCACAACUCUAAAGUUAUAUGAGAGAUUGCGGAAGCAGAGGACUACGGUGAACGUUCUAGGUGCAGUUCAGGCACGGGUCUUCUAUCACCUCCCUGAUGGCUCUGAGCAGCUGGAGAGAGACAAACUGCUCUCAGAAUUGCCUCAAUCGCGUUGGGAGUCCACUUGUAAAUGGAAUUGGGGGGAUGCAGAGUAUCAGCAAGCAUUACUGGGUUUUGAUACUCUUGCUGAUGCUACAGAACACAGUCACAAACUGUUUGAAGGAUGA